AUGAUGCCCUCUGAAUACGCGGGAAUGUACGGAGUUCCAUCAGGGAUGCAGCCUGGCAUUUCAGGGACGCUGGACAGUCUUCACCCCUUUUUUUCCCAAGCUCGUGUACCUGAAGCGCCUCUUACCGAGGACGACCUUGCUUUGUUUAUGCUACUCGUAACUUAUUCUGAUGCACUUGAUGCACUUCCCAUGGAAACCACGCGAAUUUUUUCGGAUCUCAGAGAACUUGAUGCAGUAUUAGGUGUUCACUUGGGCUCACUGGCACACCGGCUCAAUCACCUUGCAUCCGUGAUCGAGAACCCAGAUGUAUCUCCUGGAGAGCGUCUUCUGGUACUCAAAGAGGCGGCUGAUGAAGCUCGGGCAUACAAAAUGGGCGGCGAAGAUAAAAUUCGCGUUGCUGUCAACACUUGUGAUAUGCUAGCUUCACACACCGAAUACAUUGAAUCUAUUUUGCGCUCUCUCACGUCUCUAUCAGCACUUGCGCCAUAUGUGCGAGAAAGUCGCGCCCAGUACAAACACCUAUCUGACCUUUCUGGUUUCCCAAAUCAUGGCGAGUCACUUGCUGGACCAAGCGCUGUGAAUCCCCCUGUUGAUAUGGCUUCUGCAUCCGCCUCAUACCCAUUUGCACCGUUUCCUGAUGUGUCUUCAAGCCGCGCGCCUGUCGAACGGGACUCUCAGAGUGCUGUUCGGGCUGGCAAGAAGCGUAAAGUUCCACCCCACUCAGUCUCUUCGCAGUCAUCUACGCGUUCAAGCUCAGAAACGCAGAGGAAUAACGCAUCAAACCCGCACCCGAAGCGGCGUGAAAUAGCCAGUCGACAUCACAACCAUGAAGAGACCGAUCAGGGCGAAAGCAGUGACGAGCAAAGUGAAUUGUUCGUUACAGGAAAUAGUGCCGAUCGACUCGCACGCACACAUCAUCGCGCUCGUACUCGUGGCACUGCCCUACCUAUGGAGCCAGUUGCUCCAUCGAAAACAACGUCUGGGAGUGCGACCUGGAGUGGCCGUCGUGUUGUGGAUGCGUCCGUGCCAGUGGACCAUGCCUCCCAAGGCGAUGCGCCACGAACCACCUCCCGCAGCCGGAUCAGCAAAGCCUCAAGUGCAGGAUCAAAUCGUGACGACGCGGACGAUCAGAGGUACUGUUUCUGUAAUAAUGUGAGCUAUGGCGACAUGAUCGGAUGUGAUGACGACGACUGCGAACGCGAAUGGUUCCAUCUCGGCUGCGUGGGCUUGUCCAAGCCACCUCAAGGCACCUGGUAUUGUGAUGCUUGUCUAGAGCGACGUAUGCAACAGUCAAAGAAUAAAACGAAACGGAGCGCUCGACCAACUCGCGCACCUACGUCGGGCGUACCGCCCGCCACAUCUGAUGUCCCGACGUCUGCUCGGCGUGUCGCCAGCCAUAGGCGCUAG